AUGUCCAAAGAAAAGAUCGUCGAAGGGUCGGUUUUAUUGUCUUAUGAAAUUAAUGAAACAGCAGUUUUUAUUAGAGAAAUAAGUGAACAUUGCCUAGAAACAUGUACAGUUUGGUCCCAUCAACAAUGGCUUGAACGAGACUGGCUCACUGAAGACAUCACAAAGGAAGAAAAAUUCUUGAUAAAUUGGCCUUGUAUAAAUUCUUUUUGUGCCCAGUUAAUGUUAAAGUCCACUUCAUUGAAGCAAUUGUUGCUGCUACCAGUUGAACAUUUGAAACACAGAUUCCAUUGGCUCCCUCAUCAUGUAAUUGAGAUAUUCCAUCAAGUAACAAACAAAGAUGGUGUUCUCAACAAGAAACAAGUAAACUUGAAUAAGAUUUUACCAGACAAAGUUGCAACAGGAGAUAUUGGAAAUUCACAUCAUAAGAGAAAAACAAUUAGCAUUGGGCUAGCUCAACCGCUGAUGAGGAAUUCUCAAGAAGCAGGUUUUAUGGCCAGCCAACGUGCCUGUUCAGUCAUAAACCAAGUGUCAGAAACAGGAGUGAAUAGUAGUAAUAAUGGACCUUCUACAAGAAAUCAGUCUUUGACAUCACCAGAAAGUGAAACACAAUUCCUGCCAAGUUCCCAAUUCUAUUCUGGAUUCAUCAGCACAAAAAAGCGAAGACUAACAUUUGAAAAAGUUUCUGGGCAGAAAGAUGGACAGACAAAGUUAUUAUUUUCAUGA